AACCCCAAUGAAAGCGAAGCAAAUCAGAACCCUCAUAAAAGUGAAGCAAAUCAGAACUCUCAUGAAAGUGAAGCAAGUCUGAACCCUUAUGAAAGUGAAGCAAGUCUGAACCCCCAUGAAAGCGAAACAAAUCAGAACCCUCAUAAAAGUGAAGCAAAUCAGAACCCCCAUGAAAGUGAAGCAAGUCUGAACCUCCAUAAAAGCGAAGCAAGUCUGAACCUUCAUGAAAGCGAAGCAAGUCUGAACUUUUAUGAAAGCGAAACAAAUCAAAACCCCUGUGAAAACAAAA